UUUUUUGUUUAUCCAAUAUUAAAUUGCAAAAAUGACCACGGAAACAUUGUCGCGAGAGAUAGACGCUCACAUCGUGACGCUGCUCACGCGGAUGUCAGCUUUGAAGGAGAAUAAUGCGGAACUCGUGGAGAGGAAAGCACCGAUGUCGAUCGAGGCGCGCAGCUUAGAGCUUUGGAGAGCUGUAGCUGUCGAGUGUUUCGCCACUUUUCUCUUCAGCCUUGUUGUGUCCGGUGCGGCUGCGUCUUCCGCGGUUUCCGGCAGCGGUCUCUCUGUUUUGGCCAUCGCCGUCGCAUCUGGCUUUGCCAUCGCCGCGAUCUGCUUGAUCUUCGGACACGUUAGUGGUGGCCACGUGAAUCCAGCUGUCUCUGUGUCUUUCGCUUUGUGUCGACGGAUCUCUUUCCUUCGAGCUGCACUUUACAUAGCUGCACAAUGCGGAGGCGGCAUAGCCGGCGCAGCGAUGCUGUACGGGGUGACUACACCUUCGAACACGCAGACCUUGACGUCACCGGGUCGUCUCGGAGGAGCCAUAGAGAGACUGCUCGUUGAAUUAGCUCUCUCGGUGCUCAUAGUCUUAGCACAUUUCACUUCGGAAUCCUCUAAAACGUUACCGUCGUCAAUCUCGUCGAAGCCAGCCGGCGUGCUGGCCGCUGCUUACACGGCAGCCACUCUAGUUUCCAGUCCAUUCCUCAACCCAGCGAGAGCUCUGGGUCCAGCCUUCGUGAGCAACCGAUGGGACAACCACUGGGUCUACUGGGUGGGCCCAUUGUCAGGCAGCGCGGUGGCAGCCCUGCUCUACGAGUACGUCCUGAAUCCCAAGCGGUCCAGGGACCUCCGCGAGAUGGACGACGGCGACAACUCGUCGAUGAGAUCCGACGAGGACACGUACGACGACCUGGACAAACCGUCGGGCCCAAAGUUCCCGAGCGCGUACGCCACCUAUCGUCCAGUGGCUGGAGCCUCCUCGUCCAUCUACAGCGCUCCUCCGACCGCCCUGGAACGCGUGGAGUCCAUCUACGGUGGCACUAAGUCGCUGUACUGCAAAUCCCCGCCUUUGACCCGGGCCAACUUGAACCGCUCCCAAAGCGUGUACGCUAAGUCGACGUCAGGCACCCGGGACGGUCUCAUGAUCCCUAAGCCGGGUCCCCUGGCGCCGGCUCAGAGCUUAUACCCCAUCAGGAUAGGGCAGACAGGCUCUAAUUCUGGAAGAGAGAGCCAACAGCAGGGUGUACAGAACGGUGGACCGACUCAGACGUCCCAGAAUCAUAACAGUACCAACCAGAACAUGCAGAAUCAGCUGCAACAGUGUACACAGAGCAUCUAUGGGAUCAGAGGAAUCUCGACGAGCCUCAGCACCCGGGAGAAUGGUAUCUAUGGGGUGUCCACGGGGUCCAGCAUAUAUGGCAGGGCUCCAGCUCCUCCUCCAAGUAGCCAAAACCCUCAGCAAUCUCCUUCGAAUGUUCAGAACAGCGGGCAGACCCACCAGCAACAGCAGCAGCAACAGCACCAGAACGGACAGCUGUCGGCCACCUCGGAUAACACCGCCAACUCUAGAAGACCUGAAAGCAUGUAUGGUCACAUCUCUAGGCGCAGUGAUGAUUCCGCGUAUGGUAGCUAUCAAGGAUCCACACGAGGGAACUACGCUAAAGUACCUGGACCUCCUGGGUCCACUGGACCACCUAGUGGACCUCCGGGUCCUCCACAGUACCGUGACCAACCCAGACCCAGCCCUGCUGGACCCUUGCAACAGAACCAGCAGAGUAACUUCACGAGGAAUUCGCCCAAUCCGCAGUACUGACUGUAAAUGUAACGACGUUAGUUUGUUUCGAGAUUGAAACUGCUGGAUGCAGAAAAGAACUUACCGAUUCU